AAAUAAAGCAAAAAUAGAAGAGUGCUACACUGCACCCGAAAGACGGGCACUCAAGUCAAGCAGACGGAACAAACAAACCCUAGUAGCGUACACAUCCAGAAGCAUAGCGUAUGACUUAAUCGGUAGAGACGCAGCGACAGAGCAGGGGUGAAAAUGGAGAUAACCAUGGGGGAACCCGGCGAAAUACUACCGGAGCACAAGCCGGAAAAGUCUCCAUACGAAGUUCUGCAGCAAAGCAAAGCUUCAGUUGAGGAAAUCGUUUCAAAAAUGCUGUCCAUUAAAAAAGAAAGCGCGCCGAAAUCUGAACUUCGCGAACUCGUCACUCAGAUUUUAAUCAAUUUCGUCUCUCUACGUCAGGCAAAUAGAUCAAUCUUGCUCGAUGAGGAUCGCGUGAAAGGUGAAACGGAACGUGCAAAAGCUCCCGUCGACUUCACCACGCUGCAGCUUCACAACUUGAUGUAUGAAAAAAGUCAUUAUGUGAAAGCUAUAAAGGCUUGCAAAGAUUUCAGGUCAAAAUAUCCUGAUAUUGAACUGGUUCCCGAGGAAGAAUUCUUUAGAGAUGCACCUGAGGAGAUAAAAAGCUCUGUUAUGUCAAAGGACAACUCACACAAUUUGAUGCUAAAGCGGCUCAAUUAUGAGCUAUUCCAGCGCAAAGAAUUAUGCAAGCUUCGUGAGAAACUGGAACAGAAAAAAAAGGCUCUACAGGAGACCAUUGCAAACAGAAAGAAGUUCUUGUCAAGUCUCCCGUCACACCUAAAAUCACUCAAGAAAGCAUCCUUGCCGGUGCAGCACCAACUUGGAGUUCUGCACACAAAAAAGUUGAAGCAGUUGCAAUAUGCAGAGUUGCUUCCUCCGCCUCUCUAUGUUAUUUAUUCACAGCUAAUGGCCCAAAAAGAAGCCUUUGGAGAAAAUGUGGAGCUGGAGAUUGUUGGUAGUGUGAAGGACGCUCAAGCUGUUGCCCGCCAGCAAGCAAAUAAAGACACUGGUUGGUCCCAGUCUAUAGAUUUCUUAUUUGGGCUCAUCAUGUGUUUUUUUCUCUUUCCUGAAACUGCUGUGUAAACACUAAUAUCAUUUUAUCAUAUUAUGCCUUCUUCA